AUCAAAUACCCCCUCAAAAGAGCUAAAUCGGAUAACAGCCCGUGCUUUAUUUGAGGAAUAGAAAGCACUCUAAUCUCCCCGCGAAAAAAGAAAAUUAAAUUGAUGCAUACGCAUGUGUCUCUUCCCGUGUUAGCUCGUUAGAUGGGAUUAUUUAUGAAUAGCAGAAUCAGUGCCGAGCUGUAUCCUAUUGAAAUCCCGGCUAAAUGUUGACAAGUAUUCCCAAAAUUGGAACGUGCGUUGCCUCCGUUGAAGAUUCAGUCAUUCGCGAACCAGCAUCAUCUACAUCAACAAGUGACAUCAGGUGGUGAGUGAAUCAAGUGUCAUGUCGAAGGGUGUCAUCAAUCUUCGCGUCGAUCGUGGAAGGUUCAAGCGUGCUUGUGAAGUGUAACGAACUCAACUUUAAAGUUCAUGAUUUCGAAACGGAACCAUCAUUCCCGUUGGCUGUGAGAAAUGCUUGAAAUUCGUUAAAAUUCAGCUCCAUCCAUCGUAACCAUCGGUAGCUACAUCACAGUGCUGGCAUAGCAUAUUUCUAAAAACCGUGAAGGAUUGUGCUUUUUACCACGAGAAUUUUCUCUUGAACGGCAAAGGAAGAAAUAGUAUUGCAGUCGCACGUUCGCAACACUUUUGGGGGUGAAGUAUGCUGAAGGAAAAGGAAGAUGAUCAGGAAAUAUGCAAAGCACCAUCACCGGCAUCGGAGGAAAGGAAACUCUCGAGGGAUGCCGACACGGAUCCGGUUGGAUCACAAAGGGUAUUCAAGAAGACGUCAUCCAAUCAGCUGCUAACACUGUACCUCGGCAGCCGGGAACUGGUGGCCCGGAAAGGAGCUAUCGAACCACUCAGGGGUGUCAUCUACAUCGAUCCCAAAAUCAUCAACGAUGCCAAAAUCUACGGGCAGCUGACGUUGACCUUCCGAUAUGGCCGCGAGGACGAAGAAGUAAUGGGUCUGAAGUUCUGCAAUGAAGCCGUCAUCGCCUUGCAGCAGAUAUGGCCAAAGCCUAUUGGGACCGAACCGGAAGCCCUAACACCUCUGCAGGAAGCCCUUCUGGAUAGACUGGGAAAAAAUGCAGUUCCUUUUGCGCUGGAAAUUGGCACACUGGCACCACCUAGCGUGCAGUUAUUACCGGCGAAGCGCUACACCGGGGCACCCAUCGGGACCAGCUACGAUGUGCGAGUUUACACGGCUGAGUCCACAACGGAUGAACGAGUCCAAAGGCGGUCGACUGUCAGGUUGGGAGUGAGAUUGAUUCACAAGAUAUGCCCAGAGUCGAACAAAGCGUCCGCGCUGGAAACCGCCACCGAGAACAAUUCUUACUCGGUCAGCGACUCCGGUGGUCUCGGGCCAAAGUCUCCUCCCAUUGCGGUAGACCCACCCAGCAAUAGUAGCAGCACCAUCACUAAUCCAACUACUCCGACCAGCAUGGCAAACAGUGCCAUCAAUCCACCUGCCGCUUCCGCUUCCUCUGGCGGCGGCGGGGGAAGCAAUAAUAGCACCAUACCACGCGCUCUGAGGUUGCGACUUUCACCGAAGUCGCUCAAGCUAUCCUCGCUGCAUCGGCACAGCAGCAGCGUCGACAGCACCAACGGAGGCAUCCGGACCUAUGGCGAGCACGGCUUGAUUGAACUAACGGAUGUGAACAAGGGACCGCAGGUAUCCGUGGACAAACCGUUCCUGUGGGCCGACGGCCGUGUGAACCUGAAAGCCUCCCUUAACAAAGCGGCAUAUGUGCACGGGGAAAACGUUACGGUGACGCUCGACAUAAAAAACGACAGCCGGAAAAUCGUGCGGAAAAUUCGGCUGGUUGCCGUUCAGCAUGUGGACGUCUGUAUGUUCAGCAACGGGAAGUUCAAAAACGUUGUCGCCGAAGUGGACGUCAGCAAACACAUCGGACCGGGAGACACUCUGCAUGCGUCGUAUUCGCUGCUUCCGGUUAGAGGAACAACCAAAAACUGGAUUGCCGUGGAGGGUGCCUUGUUCAGCAGCAGUUUCAGCGAUCCCACUGCAUCGGCCUACAAUUCGAAGCUAGCCACCAGUGCACCCCGAGGAAUCCUAUCAACGCUCUCCGCAUCGGAGGAAAAAAACGUGUUCGCCAUCUAUGUGUCCUAUUACGUUAAGGUUAAACUAAUACUCAGCAGUAUGGGAGGAGAGGUUUCAUUAAAGUUACCGUUCGUCCUGGGGAAUGUGGAAAUCUCGGACCCCAGUGCGAACCCAACUACGCUCAGUGGGCUCAAAAAGCUCCGGGAAAUGAGCAGAAAGUCCAGUUCCGUCACUAGCAAUGGAGGUAGCAGCUUAGACAUUGUGCCACGAUCGCCGAUAACGCGAGAAUUCAGCUGUCGUGAAUCGGACGACGACCCCGACGAUACCGAUCGGAUCAAUCGAAUUGCGGAGCACAAACAAUCAGAACAAACGAAUGCCAGGCCGAUCGAUGUCGGCGGUUUCUCCAACUCGGUUACCGCCAGCCAACGACAACGGAACCAACAAUCGGAGGGAAAUGUUCAAAAAAUUCCAAAUUCAACGAUAACCUCAACAGUACAAUCGAUGUGAUCACCGAAGACUUUCAAACCAUUACGGCCAACAUUAGCAAUCUGGUCAAGUCGGACUCGAGCAAAUCGAACCUCAACGAAUCGGGCUUGGCCUGCCAGCAGGAGAUCAGCGUCGAGGCUCAGAUCCACUGUCCCCUGGUGACGGACGACGGCCUUACCCAGAAUUGAUUAACGCAAACCGAAGACCGACUACCAAGUAGAGAACUAUUGUUAUAGCAGUCGUUAGUAGUGCCCCCACUAACUGUUAGAGCGACCUAAGGAAACCCUACUAGUUUUGAUCUUUUACUAAUUCUCAACCUGCUGGAUAGCGUUGAAUGUUUAUACAAAGGAAUGUGCCCAAGCGGUACGAUAGGUUUUAUCAAGCACUGUUUGCACGGACUGUGGCAAAGAGACUCAUAGGCAUAAUAUUUAGGAAUAACAAUUACACUAGUCAGGAAUACCCCUUUCGCGAUGUGUAAGAAAAAGUUUCAAGUCUGUCUGGUAUCACUAUUUUCUGUGAACUGUUGUAUUGGGGGUAAGAAAGGGUAAUCCAAAUCUGCACUCAUGUCACUGUACCUACUAGGGAAGGAUUCAAUACGGCUGUUCCUGCGUAGAUUUAGAUUGAGCUGAGAAAAAAA